GCGCCGCGCCGCUUACUACUUAUCUAUAUAUCUGCUUACAUCUGUCACGUUUUUAUACGUUUAUUUUGUUAAUAAAUUUAGCACAAUAAUAAUGAAUUAGUAAAUAACUGUAUCCAUAUUCGAUCUAAAUGAAUCAUCUACGUUAUUCUGUAGUGUCUAGUAUAAUAGACACUAUAUAAAAUUUAUUAAAAAUGGAUCAACAAUUUUCAUUGUCCUGGAAUAAUUUUCACGGAAAUCUGACUAAAGGAUUUGCCAGUUUACUGGGUAAAGGAGAAUUUGUCGACGUGACUAUUGCCGUAGAAGGCCAUGUUCUACAAGCACACAAAGUCAUAUUAUCAAUAUGUUCACCAUAUUUCAAGAAAAUGUUUCAGAUGAAUCCGUGUCAACAUCCAAUUGUUGUCCUAAGGGAUAUUACAUACAAAGCCAUGAGAGAUCUAUUACUGUUUAUGUACCAUGGAGAAGUCAGUGUGAAACGAGAAGAUCUCACUAGUUUUAUAAGUACAGCAGAAGUAUUGCAAAUCAAAGGAUUGACAAAUAAAGAGACUGAAGAAGAUACUGAGAAAGAACAGGAAUUACCAAAACAUGCAACUGAAAAUAACAUUACUGAUGGGGAUUCACAUAUAUCAGACACAUUUGAUACAAAUGCAAACUUAAAUGAUGAAACAACUCAAAACAAUGACCUAGAUGUGCUGAAACAUAGACAGUUCAUAGAAAAGCUACAAAAAUUCAGUAAUUUAAAAAGAAAAUCAGAUGAAUUCAUUCAAAAAAGUUACUAUUCUGAUAUUCUAAAUCCAGAAAAGAAGCCUAAGAUUAAAGAAAAAUCGCCAUAUAACCAACAAAGCAAUCACAUGUUACAAAGUAACAAUUAUGAAAACUUGAAAAGUUUUUAUGAAGACAGAAAUGAUAUUUCAACGUUCAAAUCACAAGUACCAAAUACUUGUAAUUCAGAGGCAGAAAUAAAUGAUAAGAGUAAAGACCAAUCACCUUCCAAUAAUUCGCUUGAUGUAAAAACUGAAUGUGAUGAUAUGGACAUCAUAGUAACAGAUCCUGCAGUUUGCACCACUCCAAAGAGUUAUGAUGGGUCUAGAGACGGAAAAAAAGAUGCAACACUUCCUGUAGACUACCAAUCUCCUCAAGACAAUUGUACCAGUCUAAACUCAUUAUUCAUCGACCUAAAAAACUUAGUGAAUGGUAAGGUGACUAACAACAUGUCGAGAACUAACGUGAAUGAAGAAUUUCUGAGGCCAACAAUGGAUCAUCGGUUAAUAACGAUUCCUCAGAAAGAAGAUGGAAAAAAGAAGUACCCACAACGCUCAUGUCGGCUUUGCUGGAAAAUAGGCAAAAGAAGGGACACCCGAUUCAUGUGUAGUGCUUGCGAGCUACCUUUCUGCAAGUCACCAUGCUUUGAGAUACAUUUCAAUGACGUAUUAAAAAUAUCUCAGUUGCAGGGCGAUUAUUAUGCAACUUAAAGCUCUCUUUGCUCAUUUUUUCAAAAUUAUAUUUUUGUAAGAUUGGUAAUAUAUAAGAGAAUAUUUAAAAAUCACGUGAUAAAAAGCUAGUAUUUAAAAAUAUAUGAAUUUUAUACAUGAACAAAAAUUGAAUCAUAGAUUCUGAUGUAGUGGGGACCAAAUAAAAAUUUACAAUUAACAAAUUAAUCUGCAAAUAUAAUAUAUGUUUACUAUCAUAUAAAUUUUAAAAAGGCACUAUUUGAUAAAUCAAAAUAAAAAAUUUAAUAUAAAAAUUUAGAUUUAUACAUAGUUAUAAAAACAUAAUGACAUACAUUUGCCAUAAUUUAAUCUUGAAGCACAAUAAGUUAAGUAUCUAGCUGUGAUAAUGGAAAUCUGCUCUCAAGUGCCAAUCAAUAAAACUUUCUAUGACAUGUGAAAUUUAUGAGUAAUAUAUUAUUUUCUAUUUUGGUCUGUGCCAUGAGUUAUUACCAUAAUUAUAGGUAGACUUUUUUAUUGCUCAUAUUCUAGUCUAUUUAUUAUAUUAAUGUAGGAAUUUAAUUCUGUAUUUUUUAAACAUUUGUAUUAUGUUAAUUAGAAUAGUGAGCUUGUUUCAAUAUUGUAAUAAUUGUCAUGUUUUUUUUUUUACAUUUAUCUUAUGCAUGACCAAGUUGAGAAUUUACUUAAAUAAUUAUUAUGAUCUCCGAUAGUGUUUUUAGUAUUACUUUAAAGUUAAUAUAUGGAGAUUACAUUCCUAAUAAAAGAAAAGACACCAUUUGUUUCUACUCCAUAACAUGAAAAUAUCUCUGUAUUGAAAUUGUAAUCUUGGAAAUUAUUUUUUAUACUUAAUGCUUUGUGUGACAUUAUGCUGCGUGUGAUUUUGAAUGAUUACAACAUAUAAGAAUGUAUUUUUAUAUCUAUAUUUAAUUAAAGGAUUACAAACAAUAA